UGCAUCACGUGGGAGUUGUUUUGGACUGUUUAGCGCCUCGAAACGAACUGAAAUAUUAAUCAUAAAAGCUUGAGUCUUUUCAGCAUUAUUUUUAUAGUCUUUUUUCAGUGUUUUAAGAAUGUCGUCGAUCAUAAACACUAUACAAGCAGAAUGCAACGGAAAGGAAAUAGGGAAUCUUAUAAGGUUACUACUUAUCGAGACAGCAGCAUUAAAGAUUUCAUCAGGAGUGUGCGUUAUGGGGGUAACCAUGCAGUAACAGAUCUUAUGUUAUUGUCAAAGGAUAAGGACCAUCCUCGUGUGCUGAUCCCAGAGCUCUCCAGACUCUUCUAUAAGCUGGGCUGGGUGACAGGAACCGGGGGAGGAAUAAGCCUUCGGCAUGGUGAGCACAUUUAUAUAGCUCCCUCAGGUGUUCAGAAGGAGAGAAUACAACCAGAGGACUUGUUUGUGUGUGAUAUUGAUGAGAAGGACAUCAGUUGUCCACCUUCACAGAAGAAGCUGAAGAAAAGCCAAUGCACGCCCCUCUUCAUGAACGCCUACACAAUGAGAGGAGCUCAGGCAGUUAUCCAUACACACUCAAAGGCUGCUGUUAUGGCAACUCUCAUGUUUCCUGGCAAGGAAUUCCGCAUCACGCAUCAAGAGAUGAUCAAGGGGAUUCGAAAAGGAAACUCUGGUACAAACUACAGGUAUGAUGAUAUUCUAGUUGUUCCAAUUAUUGAGAACACCCCAGAGGAGAAAGACUUAAAAGAGCGCAUGGCCCGAGCCAUGGACAUGUACCCCGACUCCUAUGCUGUUCUCGUCCGCAGACAUGGGGUCUACGUCUGGGGAGAGACCUGGGAGAAAGCAAAGACAAUGUGUGAAUGUUAUGACUACUUAUUUGACAUAGCUGUGCAGAUGAAACAGUGUGGCCUGGAACCCUCUGCUCUUCCCACUGAAGAUAAAGGCAUUGUUUGAUGCAUUUAAGUCUGUAAAGUUACCAAAUGUUACCACUAUGCUUUCAAAAUAAUAAAUUCUUAUUGCACUUUUGCACAAUUUAUGAUGUUCACAACAAUAUUCUUUUCAGUAUUUUUUUAUUUAUUUUACAAAGUUUAAUGUCAAAUACCAGCAAACAGAAUUAAAUAUAAGAAUAAUGAUUAGAAUGGCUAGCAUGCCAUUCUACAGCAUUCUGAAACUAAUUAAUGUCAUUCUUCUUUUUGUGUGGAUGCAUUGAUGCUUAGCAACAAUGGCAUCAUAAUGUCAUGAUUUGCAUUUGUUGCCUAAUUUGGCUGCUGUUUGUAUUCAAAUUAAAUUUCUAUAAAAUUAAAGUGCUUAUAAGCUAAAAUUGUUUAGAAAUACACAGUUAUAACUGUAUAUUUGUUGGUUUGUGCACAAGUGUUGUUUUUUUAUUCCCGAAGAAUAAAAAAUAAAGUAUUUCAAAGUAAUAACCACUUAAAGAAUUAUAAAUGCU